AGUUACUUGAAGUUGUUUAUAAAACCCCAACAUGAAAACCCUAAUUCGUCUUUGUUGAUUUCUUCCCAAGAGCCGCUCUGCUUCUCGGACCACACACCUUCUCAACCUAACUACAAUGACUAAGAGAACGAAGAAGGCCGGAAUUGUCGGGAAAUACGGUACCCGAUAUGGUGCCAGUUUGAGGAAGCAAAUUAAGAAGAUGGAGGUCAGUCAACACAGCAAGUACUUCUGCGAGUUCUGUGGAAAGUAUGCAGUGAAGAGAAAGGCUGUUGGAAUCUGGGGCUGCAAGGAUUGCGGGAAAAUCAAAGCCGGGGGUGCUUAUACUUUGAACACUGCUAGCGCUGUGACGGUGAGGAGUACCAUUAGAAGGUUGAGGGAGCAAACUGAGAGCUGAGCCAAUAACAUUAGCAUACCCAACUUUCGUAGGAUGUUUUUGCAUGUUUAAUCUAAACGUAUUGAAAUCUUUCUUUUGACAAUGAUGUUAUUUUGUAUCAGGAUCUGGUGUUGAAACUUUAUAUGAGAUAUUGAGUUGUUGGUUUCUUCAUGA